AGGCUGGGACCAGUCUCACGAGGCUGCUUCUCUUCCCCGCCAGGGUCUCUCUGCUGCCUCAAGACGGGCGUUAAGGAUGGGCCGAGCAAAGGGAAAAGCUUCUACGUGUGCGGGGUCCAGGAGCAGGCGCGCUGCGGAUUCACCCUCCCUGUACAUCUCCCUGCUUCCUACUGCUUGAUCCAUGAGAAGUACAUGGUGGAGCUGCAAGUUCUGAUACAGCAACAAGACAAAGAAGAAUACUGGCUGCAUUAUCGAUGCCUUAAAAGUAAGAUGCAAGGGAAGAGAUGGUGUGGGAGAAUCCCAUGGCAGGAUCCCAAAGCCACCAAACUGUCAGUAGAUACAGAACCUCAGCAUGCAUCACAACUAUUCCUUAAUCCCAAUGGUCAGCGAAAUCCAUUCAGAGUUCUAGAUAAGAAUUGUGAACUGUCCUCCUGGAAACUACUUAGUGAAGACAAUAGGGAGAAAAAUACCACUGAAGGAGGGAAACAGAAGGAAAAGAGAGAGCAGGCAUUGGAUAAAAAGGAGGAGGAGAAAUUGACACCUGAAUCCCAGCUGGGAAGAGAGCUUCCAGUGGAAAUGAAGAUUAAGAAAAAGCAGUCUGAGGAGAAGAGGAGUGACGCACAACUUUGGAAGGGCACAGAAUCCAAAGCUAAGUCAAGUCAGUUGGAGACUCAGAAAGAGAGAGACCUUUUUGGGGAUAAACAGAAAUAUGGCAUUAGUAGGGAGUCAGAGAAAUCCUCUGAGAACAUAGAGGAGGGAGCUUGCAUUAAGCCAGUGAAAGAUGCCUUACACAGAGAAAGGAAACUAAAGUUGUCGUCCCCAAGCCUUGACAGCCAAAAAGCAAAUACUGAGCCACCGAGAGAAGAGCAAUUCAGAAAGGGAGACUCAAAAAGCAGCAGGGACAAAGGAAUAAAAAUGAAGGUAGAUGCUGGAGAGAAGGACCUGACAUCCAGAGAGUGUGUGAUUUCCCAGGAGGGAAGAUAUGCCAGUCAAACUAUUAGCAGUGAUGAAGACGAAGUUGUGAUUGUUUCUUCCAAGUUGAGCAAAGACCAACCUGAUGGGUCAGUAUUAGGAGUUGCAACAUCUUUGCAAAAGGAAGAAAGGCUGGACCCCAAAGCCCUUCAGAACCAUCUUACAGUCCAGCUGAAACUGAAGAAGAGCACAUUGAAGACUGUGAAUGUUCAGGCCCUACCAGAUAAAGGUGAAAGACUAUUAAAGCAAGUGCAGGAUUUGGAAGCUGCACUCAGUGUUCUCAGCCUCUCAACAGCAGAAAGUACAGAGGAGGGGAACAAUGUGAGCAGUGACAAUCAGGAAGAAUCUCUGUGCAACCCAUUCAGUAGGACAACCACUGAACCAAGGACUGUGCAUUUGAAAAAUCCACAGUCAUUCCAGGAUUCGCUUGCCAAAAGCUCUCUAGAACUACAUGGGUGCAGCUCAGCUCCCUCUCUGGGACCCAGUCAAUACUACAGUCAUGUCUACGGAGCGAACUCCAAUGCACAGGGUCUGUAUGGAGGCAGAAUGACUGAAGAUCGACUCAGGGCUGUGCGCAGUGCCACAAGUGAUGCCAUUAACCAUCUUCAUAGAUCUUUAGAGUCCUGCCCCACAGAGGAGUCUGUAGCUGAGGAUCCAUCUGGGUUGAAGGUGCCUCUGUUGCUGCACCAGAAGCAGGCACUUGCUUGGCUACUCUGGAGGGAGAGUCAGAGACCAUGUGGAGGAAUUCUGGCGGAUGAUAUGGGCCUGGGGAAGACUCUAACAAUGAUCGCUCUCAUUCUGACCCAGAAAAGACUACAGAAGGGGGAAGGAAAGGAGAAGAAAUUAGAAAUGCGGAUGUCCAAACAUGAUUCCUCGGUCAUCCUCUCCCGAGGUACUUUAAUUGUCUGCCCAGCAUCCCUGAUCCACCACUGGAAAAAGGAGGUUGAGAGACAUGUAAGCAAUGGUAAACUGCGUGUCUGUCUGUACCAUGGACCCAACCGGAGCAAGCGUCCAGAGGCCCUCCCUCACUAUGACAUUGUUGUCACCACCUACAAUCUUCUCUCCAAGGAGAUUCCCACAAAGAAAGAAGAGGGAGAGGUCCCUGCUGAGGACCAUGAUGUGGGGGAUACAUCAUGUCCCUGCUCUCCUCUGCUCCGAGUAGCCUGGGCUCGGAUUAUACUGGAUGAAGCUCACAAUAUCAAAAACCCCAAAGUUCAGAGCUCUAUAGCUGUGUGCAAACUGAGAGCCACUGCCAGAUGGGCGGUCACCGGGACACCGAUACAGAACAAUUUGCUGGAUAUGUAUUCACUGCUGAGGUUUCUGCGUUGUUCUCCCUUUGAUGAAUUUAAGCUGUGGAAGACCCAGGUAGAUAACCAUACAAAGAAAGGGGGAGAGAGAUUGAGUAUCUUAACCAGGAGUCUCUUAUUGCGGAGAACCAAGGACCAGUUGGACUCGACUGGCAAGCCUCUGGUAUCUCUGCCUGAGCGACAUACUCGGUUGCACCGGUUAAAACUCUCAGAAGAUGAGCAGUCCGUAUACAAUGUGCUCUUUGCAAGAUCAAGAUCAACACUACAGUCCUACUUAAAGAGACAAGAAGAGCAGAAGAGCGAUUACAGAUAUUACUCUGGUGGGAAUCCAUUCGAUAAAGUAGCACAAGAAUUUGGAGCCAGUCAAAAGGAUUCCCUAGCAGUGGGUUCCCAAAGUGACUCACGUGUCUCAAGUGCUGUCCACGUCUUGUCCAUGCUCCUGAGACUGCGCCAGUGCUGCUGCCAUCUUUCCUUGCUAAAAGUGGCUCUGGACCAAGCUAACUUGAACAGCGAAGGCCUUUCUCUCUCUCUGGAAGAACACCUCAGUGCUUUGACUUUGCUGGAACUCCAAACUCCUGACCCAGAAUCUACCGUCUAUCUUAAUGGCAAGGCUUUCAGCAUGGAUCUCUUUGAAAUCAGCAGAGAAAGCACCAAACUAUCUCAUCUCUUGGCUGAACUGAAGACUAUCCAAAGCCACCCAGAGUCCCAGAAGAGUGUCAUUGUGUCUCAGUGGACUAGCAUGUUGAAGGUUGUGGCAGCGCACCUCGAGCGUCAGGGGGUGAAGUAUGCUACGGUGGAUGGCUCAGUCAAUCCUAAGCAAAGGAUGGAUGUGGUAGAAGAGUUCAAUAGCAAUCCCAAAGGGCCACGGGUGAUGUUGCUCUCGCUCCUGGCAGGAGGUGUUGGCCUAAACUUAAUUGGCGGAAACCACCUCUUUCUUCUUGACAUGCACUGGAAUCCUGCACUUGAAGACCAGGCAUGCGACCGCAUAUACCGCGUGGGGCAAAAGAAUGAUGUGGUGAUACACAGGUUUGUCUGUGAGGAUACAGUGGAAGAAAAGAUCUCACAGCUUCAAACCAAGAAGAAAGAUCUGGCUCAGCAAGUGCUAUCGGGCACAGGAGACUCGUUCACCAAACUCACACUGGCUGACCUCAAACUUCUCUUUGGCCUCUAACUGCUUCUUAAAGCAAACAGCUUAAAAGCCAUCCAGGGCCUGGAGACAACCAGGGCAUUUUCAACAAAAGCCUUGUAUUUAAAGUGGCUAGUUCUUAUUAGAGCACGAAUUCAAGUUGUUAUAAAAACUGAUCCAGGAGGAGAAACAACUGGAUUUUUGGAAUGGUUUUAUAUUUAAGUUAGAAGCUGAAUGCAAUAAAGACUAAUGAAACUAUAAAUAAAUCAUGUCUGUAAUCCUGAG